GAGAUUUAAGUUCUAAUGCUGGCCAAUGGAAAAUAACAUAGCUUGCGGCGCUCCAGUUGUUGUACUGCUCCCUUCAGUACUGCUAGUUUUCGUCUAUCGGGGGUAGCAGUGAAGUAAACCUAGAACAGCUAAAGAGCUCAACUUUUUACAGACUGCCCAUAACAAUGAUGGCGUCAUGGGGGGUGUUUUCCUGUACCCUGCUGUAGGGUUGCAAUUAACUUAUACUAGUUGCCCGGUGUCAGUGAAAGAUGCAACGCCUGGGUGUACGGUUUCUCUGUGAGGUUCGGGGGUUUAUAGGGCGGCAUUUUUGCUCACAGCCCAGCCCGGCUUGGCCCAGUGUAGAACUACGGGGCAAGGUAGACAAGUUCGGGGGAGUAACAGUGCGCUUGGAGCCCUCACACAACUUAGGGGAAAUCGCAUUCGGGAGAUGGCUACACGAAUCUGUAAAACAAUGGAGAUUAGAUGGCAGGAUUGCUGUGUGGCUGCAUAUUCCCAUCAUGCAAAGCAGACUGAUAUCCACUGCUGCCUCUGAAGGAUUUACAUUUCACCAUGCAGAACACAAUGAAUCUACGCUGACCCUUUGGUUAAAAGAUGGACCAAGCAGACUACCUGGAUAUGCUACACACCAAGUUGGGGUUGCAGGUGCCGUAUUAGAUGAGGAUACUGGGAAAGUAUUGGUUGUACAGGACAGAAACAAGACAGUAAAUGCAUGGAAAUUUCCUGGUGGUCUGUCAGAUCAAGGGGAAGAUAUAGGAGCUACAGCAGUUAGAGAAGUUUUUGAAGAGACUGGCAUUCAUUCGGAAUUUAAGUCCUUAUUAAGCAUAAGGCAGCAGCAUAAUCACCCUGGGGCAUUUGGAAAGUCUGACUUGUACAUCAUUUGUCGCCUGAAGCCAUUGUCACACACUAUAAACUUCUGCCAUCAGGAAUGCUUGAAGUGUGAAUGGAUGGAUCUACGAGAGCUUGCUUAUUGUAGUAAUACAACCAUCAUAACAAGCAGAGUUGCUAAGCUUCUACUCUAUGGUUAUAACGAAGGCUUCCAUCUGGUGGACCUAACUAUGAGAACAUUCCCAGCUGUUUACUCAGGGCUUUUCUAUUCACUUUACCAUAAGGAACUACCAGAGACCUAUGAAGGAAGUGCCAACCACUUAUAAGCUUCACAUUUUAAUUCUCCUUUUACUACAAAUGAUGCUCUAAUUUUAUGCUAUUUUAAAGAAUUUUCAUCUAAAUUGUCCAGACUCUUCAUUUAGAAAUGCAAGUAUAAUAUUCAAUAUAUUACAUGUAGAUUAAAUACUGAGUGGACUAUUGUAUUUUGGAUUCAUCAUUCUCAAAAACUGGCUCAAGAGCCUGCACAAAUAUACAAUAUACCAAUGCUGUACCUCAGCCUCACAUUUAAUAUUACAAAUAUAAAAGUAUUUUCUGGUCUUAGAAAGGGUGACCUACAAAGGGAGUCAUCACAGAUCAGCUUUUUGCUGACAUUGGGAGAAACAAAAUAGCUUUUUGUCCUGGUCCAGUGGUCGAUCCAUUUUUAUACUGCCCAGUUCGCUUUAGUGCCACAUACCAGCUGUUGUUUUUCCGAGACCGGUAAGUGUUGUAGUUAUUAGCUUCCAAUCGUUCAUAAAAGAAGCAUUCAUCUGUUAUACACUUCUGAAAAAAACAACAAAUGGAAGUGUUGUAAAUACCAAUCAUUCAAUUAUGUCAAUGUAAAAUGAAAUCACUGAAAAAUGAAAAUGGCACAAUAAAUGUUUAAAUAAUAAGGUAUAAAAUA